CCAGUCUUCUUUUCGGUCUCUUAUAAACACUAAAAAGUACUCCAAAAGAGCACACUUCAAGAAUCUUCUUCGUUUUUCUCCUUCCCUUUCUCUUCACGGAUAAGCUGAGAAAGCCCAGCUCAUUCUUCAAUUCCAAGAUGGGUGUUAUGAAUGUUCUCAAAUUCUCAGCUGCAUGCUUUGAUCUUCUUGGCUGGCCUCUCUUUGCACUGGGUUAUCCUCUAUAUUCUUCAAUUUGGGUAAUUGAGACUAACUCAAUCUCAGACUUUCGGAAGUUGGUGACGUAUUGGGUUCUAUUUUCCUUGAUUUCACUCUUUGAUCAAGCUUUUGCCAAGCUCCUUGAAUGGAUACCAUUCUGGCCUUACAUAAAGCUGAUGAUCAUCUGCUGCCUGGUGAUGCCUCAUUUUGAUGGUUCAUAUUAUGUCUAUCAACACCUUGUUCAUCCAUGCUUGUCCAUGGACCCACAAGUUGUCGUGAAUUGGCUCUUCAAUGAAUCAAAAAAGUUGUCUCCUAGCAGAGAAAACUUUCUUGUUGCAGCAGAUCAAUAUAUUAAAGAGAAUGGAGCUGAAGCUUUGGAGAAACUCCUUGCUAGUAAGUUGAAGAGCACGAAGCCUAAUGUUGAAGUGAAAGAGAUCAAAGAACCUGUAGCACCGGAGAAAAAAGUGGAACAGUGGCAGUGUGAAGAGCUCAAUGUUGCUCAAAAGGAGAUCCAAGUUGAAGUAACAGAGAUAAAAAAAAAUGGGGAUGGAGCAAAGCGGUGUGAAGGUCCUAAUGUUGCUAAGGAGGAGAUCAAAGUUACAAAAGUAGCACAGAGAACAUUUGGUGGUACGGCAAAGUGGGUUAAACGAACAGAGUUAAAUCUUGGUGAAACUAAAAGUACUACAACCUGUGCUGAGGAGAUAGCAGAAAGGGCAGCUGGACUGUUGAAUUCCCAUCUUCAAGGGGAGAGACAUAAGGCCACUUCUGAGCAGCUGAAAGCCAAAAACCAGGCAACCAAAACCAAUGGUUCCCCAUCUGCUUCAAUGGAAAACAAAUCUGAUCAGACCAAAAACAAUGGAAUCUCAGCUUCUUCGACAGUGAAGAGACCUGGUGAGCAACACAAGUGUGCAUCUAGCAAUGGACUGGAGCAGAAGAAUAACAAAAUCAGGAGGAGAAGGCGCUAGUCCCUGAGACUUGCAAGGCCAUCAGAAGAACCAAAGCAAAGUGGUGGUAGAAUGAAAGACUGGGGAUCAUGGUGCAAUAUCUGUAAUGUGAGCCGCACUAGUGAGCUUGACAUGGCCUCUCAUCUUAAUGGAAGGAGGCACUUUAAUAGGAUAAACUAUAACGCAGCUGUCUGACUGGAUGUUUCUUCAGACUAUUGAUACGUACAAAUGGUUUUAGAUAGAAAUAUACAGGCCAUUGGAGGGUGUUCACUGAUGCCUCUAUUUUUGUUUUAUGAAUUAAAAACAGUAUUUCCAUGUUCAGUAUAGGAUUCUUGGUAAGAGGGAUGUCUAAUCCAGCUAUGGAGGAUCAGUUCAAAAUUCUACCCCUUGAACAUUAGUCUAUUGGAUCAGAUCAAAACUAUG